AGCAACUGCAACUGCACCGCCUUGACAGAAGAACGAAACAAGGCGAUAGCACCGACGACAGCGGGCCGCAUCUUAUGACUGAGAGGUGCAGGCAAGACGUUGUCGCACGUGUACCUUGGCGUAGAAAUCCAUAAAGAGACGAGAAAAGCAUCCGUGUCUGCGGCGCAGUACAGCACUCUCUACAGCUUAGGCGCCUGUGUCUCUUCCCACGUCAGCACUGCCACACACAUGGACACACAAAUGGAUCCUUCUCAGCGGCGAUUUACCGACUCUCUCAGCAACCUCGAUGAUGCAGAGACGGUCGAACUUCUCUCUCAAGACAGCGGCUCCACCGUGUCAUCGACACCACCGUUACGCGAUAGCUGCUCAGAGGACGCGGCGUGGCGCUUGAAUGCGCCAGAGGAGCAGCUGCGACGACGCGCAGAGCACCAUCUCACAUCGGUGCCGGAGCUGCGACGUGCACAGGACUGGAAUGAGCUGAUCAACCCUGCAGAGUCAAAGAACGGCUUCACGGCUGUUUCUGCUACGUCUGCGCCUGCAUGGGCCGAUGCACAUCCGAAUGCUGCCGUGAUCUUCCUUCGCUGGCACGCGUACCCUUCCUCGCUGCUGGCGGAUAAAGCGAGUUGGGCAUCACCGUGGGUGCCCUACACCGCCUCUCUCCCGGCACUGUGCUCUUCGAGUGCGGGCGGCGUCGCGGACACGCACACGGCCAUUACGGCAACACCGAGCAGCGGCGGUCUGGACAGCGGCGUGCACGCACAGCAGACGCACCCGAUGGGCACUGUGCAGUUGCGCAUCGGCCGGUCUGCACUAACAGACUGUGCCACGGAGAGUGAUAGAUUGGGCAGCGAAGAGCGUGCGGUGGUGCGAGAGGCGGCAGCGUCCAUCUCCCGCGUCCACUGCGCGGUGCAUUUGAAUUUCACGCGGGCGAAUCGAUCGACUACUCUGCCGGCGGGCGACAACGCGGAGCGCCGCCGCUGCUGCCCCACGUCUCCCCGGUGCCAGUCAUUCGACGUCUGUGCGGUCUCACCAGCUACCUCUCUCAAUGGAGUGCCGCUGCAUCCGCACCAUCGAUAUCACCUGCACACAGAGGACGCGUCUUGCUGCCCGGACGGCGUCGUGACCUUGAAGCUGGGGCCGCUGUGCUCCGUGGAUGUGGCGUUGAGAGGCCCAUCGACUUCCAAGCACGGUUCUCCUGCACAGGAGCGGGCUUUGGGAAGCCUCGCACUGCACCGUCCGCCACCGCGGCAGCCGCCACCUGCCACACGAGACCGCCCCACCGCCGCGCUGACCCGUAGCUCCACCACUUCUCUCAUGACUGGAGAAAGCACCGUCGUACUCGCCACGCUGUCAGACCUUUCGGAGCCGGUAGCGCUGAGCGACGGAGAGGGCGAAGAGGUCAGCGACCGACAGCCACUCCUGCAGAGCCCAUCGGAAGAGACCGUUGCAGCACAGGCGCUCCUUGACGACGCGCACAACGAUCGUGUCCCGCCUCUCUCAAAGCGGCGUAAAUCGGCGAAGCCCAGCGCGAAACCGGCAUCCGCGAUACCGGCGAAUGCACGGCGAUCUCGUCUGGAGGUCCUCACAGACGAAGACGAUGACGACGACAGUGACGCCGCAGUCUCUGCUGUGCCAGCGCCGAGUGAGUUCGUGCUCUUUACCACGGGUCUACGCCUCUCCGAUGAGGAAGAGCGUGAAUUAAAGGUCCUUGGCGCGCUGGUGAACCCGCACCUGCGCUUUGCACGCCACGCCCAGCUGCUCGUUGCACGGACGCCGCUGGCGCGGAGUGUGAAGCUGCUGACGGUGCUGCCAUUUGUCCACACAGUGGUGCAACAGAGCUGGCUGGACACGGUGCUCCACACCCACUCGCUGGCCAUCCCACUGGACGGCUUUCGCUACAGCGAGCGCAAGUUGCCUGGCAGCAUCGAAAGCGAGAACAACUUCGAUCUGCGCGAAACACUCGCAAAGGAGCCGCAAGACCGCCAGAAGCUGCUGUCUGGUCAGCGUUUCUGGGUGCACAAGGCGGCGACGCCGCAAGACCCGCCGCUCAACGACUUGAAAACCGUUCUGGCGGCGUCGGGUGGGGUGGCGACGCGACGUGUGAGCGAUGCGAAUGUGCUGAUAAUGCCGCAGCAGCGACCGGCGUUGAAGUGUUGGAAGUCUCUUCUGGAGGAAGUGGGCGGGGCCGCGGCGUUGGCGCAGAGACGGCAAUCCGGACUGCUUCUGGUGGCACCAGACGACGUCUUCAGAUGCGUGCUGCAGCAGCGUCCUCUCACCCGCUCCACCGUCGUCAUCCCACGUACACAGCUGUCUGGACUACGCGCCGACAACGACACGAGUAGGGGGCGUGCGAGCAGCAGCAACGCCAGUAGUAAGAAGAGCUGCGGUGGCCGUCGCUCUUCGCAGGGCACGCGUAAAACACAGCGGAGCUCCACGUCGCAGCGCUCGCCUCGUGCGGGUACGCGGCGGCGGAGCUCGUAA